AAUUAGCGCUGGCUGAGAUAAUGAUUGAUCGGGUUGGACUUUAUGAUUCCAACUCCCUAUGUAAUGAAAAGGCUCUUGAAGCCAUAUAACCGGCGUUAAUUAUUACACCGGACCCGAGUGAUACAGCAGUGAAUGUAUAGGCUAAAUCCAUCUUGAAUGCAGACAUAGCUAAGGAAUUCAACUGUUAUUGACUGGUAUCAUCCAAUUAAAUGCGUGCUUGACAGAAAGAAAUGGUUAUACAGACGAUGUCCAUGUCUGAUGUGAAAUUUCCGAUGGCGCCUCAAUCGCUUGAUAUAUUUUGAUGAUCGACUUCACGAUUAUCUGAAGACAAUAUCGAAAUGGCGUCUUACGAAUGGACUAUGAGUGAAGGUUUGAAGAAAAAGGCCGAGCUUGAACUAGGAGAGACGCCAAGCGUGAGGGAGAGUGCGCUACAAAAGCUCAGGGAACGCAUGGACGAGAAAAAGGGUAUCGUGUUCAAUACCGAUUCGAGAUUUUUGAUCCGCUUUUUACGCGCCAGAAAGUUUGAGGUGGAUCGCGCCUUCAAAUCGAUUGUGAAGUACUACGAACUGCACGUGAAGCACCCGGACUUUUUUGAGAAGUACCAUCCCACUGGUAUCAAACACGUUUUGGACGAUGGGUACCCGUAUGUGCUGGAGUCUACCGAUAAAGAAGGAAGGCAUAUAGUAGCCAUGAAGACAGGUCAUUGGGAUCCGAGGUUGUACCCCAUCACUGACAUCGCCCUUGCCCUCUUCAUGGUCAUCGACCAGCUCGUAGAAGACGAAGCUGCCCAAAUCAACGGCGUCAUCCUCCUCUUCGAUCUCGAAGGGGUCAAUUUAUCUCAGGUCACGUGUUUAACCCCAUCCGUUGCCAGGAAACUCACUUCCAUUUUUCAGAACUGUGUACCGGUCAGAGUGCAAGGCAUUCACUUCAUCAAUGAGAGUCUACUCUUCGAUGGAGCAUUCACUAUAAUCAAACCUUUCAUGCAAGAAAAGAUCAGAAAACGGGUCCGGCUACACGGUCAGAACAUGGAAACCCUUCAUGAAUACCUCUCACCCUCCAUCCUCCCUGACACGUUCGGAGGAGACAUUACCAACUACGACUCGUUACCGUGGCGACAAGCAUUCCUCGAAAGGGAUCUACGAUGGCAACCAUCGCACGAAGAGGGCGUCUUGAAAAAGAAGAAUAAAGGAAAGAAAUGAAAGACGAUGAAUAGCAUAUUAUAGUUAUGUAGGCUCAGUCUAAUAUUAUGUGUACCUAUUGACUGUUUUUUCAGAAUGAUAUGAAGUAUAUUUUAAAACAAUUUAUGGAUUUUCGAUGCCUGUCUGUCUCUGCCUGUCUCUAUCUAUCUCUCCCCUGUCUC